AUGACAACAUCUCUAUCACAUCUCCUUGCUCGCGAGUCGUCUGAAAAGUCAGGCACGGUAGCGAGCUCGGACUCCGGAAGAACAGCUGCCGCACGCAAUUAUGCCUGCGAGCAGGACGAUAGCGUGGUUAAACAUGCAACGAUUCUGGAUAUUGAUCCGUCUUCUCGUCUCCCAAAGGAUGGAAUGACAUUCAGGAAGCCCACUGUCGACAGUCUCCUGCAGCGUGGCCCCUCAGAGAUCAUGAGUGAAAUCAAGGGCCACAGGACAAGCAUUCGCUGGGUCCACCUGCGAUCGAAUUGCAUGAGCUGGAUAGAAGACUUGAUGGAGAAGGUUUGUGAAGAGAGGCACAUCUCCAUGCAAGACCAUAACUCCCAACGGCCAUCUACCCCUGUCAAGAUCAACCCGCUAUUAAGGAAGGACUUGUGGGCUCAUCUCUUCCACGGGAAGGCUUCUGAUCAAAUCCAGACACGAUUCAUGGGGCCCACCUGCACUCCGUUCUCGAUUGAUCUGGAGGAUGAACAGUCUGACUCGACCAGUGAGUCAACCAAGGGUCCUAGGAACAACCUCGUUCUAUACCUGCCUUAUCUCAACUGGGAACUAGCACAAUCGUGGAAACAGAGACAAGAAUUGAUUCAAGAGGCCAGAGAAGGACGGGAGAUCAGUGGACAGGCCGACAGCGAAUUGAUAAAAAUGUACCUACACCAUGAUACCUCCCCACUCCACGAUCGCCGCACUCUUCAUCAAGCGUACUACCAUGAUUUUGGCAUGACGAGGUCUCUUCCAAAGUAUGACCAAGUCAUGCAAAGAUUCACGGCAGAGAUGACGUCUGAACAGGAAGCGAAGCUACUUGUAGUGGAUCAGCUGUGGCUUUGGAUCAUUAAGGGGAAAGGGUCGAACGGGCAGGAUAAUGACGAACCGAUGCCGGAUUUAGUGAUCACAGCAUUUCCUGGCAGAUUCAACGGAUGCUACGAUUCUGCAGACGUGUAUCACGGUGUCAUCGAACACCUUGAGCGCGGCCUUGAGCCUCCUCUGCGAAGUGCAAAUGACCUAGCCGCCGUCAUCGUUGAGCAUUGUACAGGCGUGUUCUUCCAGCGCCAACUCGAAGCCGACAAAUGGUUCCUUGAAUUCUACGCUGCCGCCAUUGGAGUAAUUCGCGACAAACAGAAGGCUGCAUUUACCCGGUUCUGCUUCACAUCUCAAGAACUCGAAGAAUUGCAGAUCAAUCAAACAUCACUACUUGAAGUCUCCCGCAAGCUUGAAGACGCCGCUUUCUCAAUCAGUGUCGAGGCCACGCUUUUCAGUCAGAUCAAGGAUAUAAUCGACGAGCUUGAAUGCAUAGACUACAUCCUGGGAAGACAGGACGACAUGGUACGGGCAUUGACUCGCACUCAGAAAUCCCGCAGCUUGCGCACCGUCAGCGACAUUGUCAAGGAACGGAGAAACACUUGGGCAGGGAUUGCUCGGACCGCAAAGAUAGCAUACACCGAGAUCCAAGCCCAAAUGGACCUCAAACAGAAGCAAAGCAGCCUGGCCGAGGCCAGGACGAAUCGAUAUCAAGUGGAAGACUCGGCAAGACAUGGUCGAAUCAUGCUGCUUUUCACCGUCGUCACUAUCAUCUUCUUACCGAUGUCCUUCCUGGCUACCUGGUUUGGCAUGAAUCUCAAGGAGGAGGAUAGUGGACAGCUGACGCUUGGGCUAAUUGCAGCUGUGGUCUUCCCUAUCUCGAUUGUCAUUGCAAUUGUGGCAUUAGUCUUUGCCUUUAGUCAGAGAUUGAGAGAUUGGCUAGCUAGCUGCAUUGAAAAGAUCAUUGGUGGUACACUGGCCAUUCUCGGCAUACAUGGCGGUAGGAGCACUACCAUGAGUAUGCAUUCGGGUCUCCGAAGAGAUAGGGAAAGACCUAGGAGGUUUGAUCUAAGGCUCAGAAGGCUGACCGAGUCGGAGCUGGACGAUGAAAUCAACGACAGAAGACAUAGUGAUGAUCAAAUCGUGUGA